AUGGCCACAACCAAGUGUCCAAUCUGCUCGCGGCAUGUGCGCUCUAUGAAUCUCACGUUGCAUGUGGAGGAUUGCUUGUCCAAGCACGAAGUAGCUACGAAAUCGUCACCCUUUCUGCCGCCAUCAGCUGAGCCCAGGAACUCAACAGCCAGCAAAGCUGUUGGCUUCAGCCCACCGCCUUCGUCCCCCUCGCCUUCCGCUGUUAAGAAGCGCAAGUGGUCGCAACUUCACGAUGUGUCAGCAACUCCACUGGCAGAGAGGAUGAGACCUAUAGCAAUUAAUGAUGUUGUGGGUCAAGAAGAGCUGCUUGGUCCUGGAAAGCUACUUUCCUCCCUGAUCCAGGUUGAUCGAGUGCCUAACAUGAUUUUGUGGGGACCCCCAGGGUGUGGUAAAACGACGUUGGCUCAUGUAAUCUCCAAGCGGACGAGCUGCAAGUUCAUCAGCCUAUCAGGCGCGACGUCAAAAGUUGCGGACAUGAAGGACGCCGUGGAUCGAGCUAGAAGCGAGCAGACGCUUUUGCGUCGACGAACUAUCGUCUUUGUCGAUGAGAUUCAUCACCUUAACAAAGGUCAGCAGGACUUCUUUUUGCCUGCGGUAGAAGAUGGCACGAUUACUUUGAUCGGCGCGACCACAGAGAAUCCGUCGUUUGAGGUGAACAAUGCGUUGUUAAGUCGCUGUCGUGUGUAUAUACUCAAAAAACAUACAGCAGAAUCUAUUGAAAAAAUUCUUCAACGUGCAUUGCGGGAUCAUUCCGCUGGAGGUGUGCAAUCACUGACACGAGCACAAGAGUCAGAAACUUUGACGAACGCUGAUUCUGUAUGCGACAAAAAAUUUGAACGAGCGCUUAUUGACGUUGAAGACGGGGUAAUCAAGUACAUAGCUACCCUAUGUGCCGGUGAUGCCCGAGUAGCACUAAAUUGUUUGGAGAUGGCACUUCAAACCGCUCCUAUUGACCCAGAAAACCAUGUUCUGCGGGUAUCUUGUACCCAUGUUCAGCAUUGCUUUUCGCAUCGACAACCGUUCUCUUACGAUCGAAACGCGGAUAUGCAUUACGACUGCAUCAGUGCACUACACAAAUCGAUCCGUGGCAGUGAUGAAAAUGCAACGCUCUAUUGGCUAGCUCGGAUGCUUGAAGGUGGUGAAAAUCCGCUGUACGUUGCUCGGCGUCUUAUUCGAAUUGCAAGUGAAGAUGUCGGUCUUGCAGCUCCUGAAUUGCUCCCGUUGGCUGUAUCAUCAUAUCAAGCGGCUCACUUCAUUGGGAUGCCCGAGUGUGAUGUCAUUCUUGCCCAUGUUGCGACAAUGUUAGCGCGUGCACCAAAGUCUGUCGAGGUAUAUGCUGCGUAUAAACGAACAAAACGAUCGAUUCGAGAGUGGAAGAAAGGCGCACUGCCGGACGUUCCGCUGCAUCUUCGUAACGCUCCUACAAAAUUGAUGAAAAGUUUAGGUUACGGGAAAGAGUACAAGUAUAACCCGCACUAUUCUGCGGAAGAGGUAAAAAAUCAAACAUAUUUACCGGAGGAGCUACUUGGCACGAACUUUUUUGAAGAGACGGCAACUGAUUAA